AUGCAAAAGCUUGGUUUGGAACCCAACAUGUAUACAUUCCCCUUCUUGGUAAAAGCUUGCAUUGAAGCUAGUAGUAUCAUUGAUGGUGAGUGUAUUCAUGCCCAAAUUCUAAAACAUGGGUUUGAAGACAAUGUGUUUUCUGGAAGUAAUUUGAUCCAAAUGUAUUCAAUUUGUGGGAAGAGAAUUGAGGAGUCGAGGAAAGUGUUCGAUGGAUUGCAUGAGAGGAAUGUAGUGGUAUGGACAUGCAUGAUUUCAUGCUAUGUCCAUCAUGGCCAUGGUGCCAUGGCUCUAGAACUCUUCGAGUCGAUGAAAAGGUCAGGAGAAGCUGAGCCUAGUGAAGUGACCAUCGUCCAUGUCAUUGAAGCAUGCAUAAUUGCAAAAGACGUGGACAUGGGUAUCUGGGUGCAUGACUAUGUGAUGCACAGCAAAAGCAAGCUAAAUGUAGUAGUUGGGUCAGCUCUAAUGGAUAUGUUCUCUAAGUUUGGUAGCUUGAAUAUGGCAAAAAGAGUGUUUUGUGAGAUGCCUGAGAGAAAUUUGGUAUCAUAUAACACUAUGCUUAAUGCCUGCUGUCGAAACGGCAAGCCCAAAGAGACUUUUCGGCUAUUUAGUGAGAUGAGAUUAGUGGGCUUGGAACCUGAUGAGAUCACUCUCUUGAGCUUGCUUGAUGCAUAUGCUUCGGUGGGGGCUCUGUGUUUGUGUCAAGCCAUUCAUGGAUAUCUGUACAAGCGCAAGAUUGACCAGAAAUUCAUGCUUUAUACCGCUCUUAUAAACACAUAUUCGAAGUGUGGAGACGCUAAUGAAGCAUUGCAAGUGUUCCAGGAGAUGGAGGAGAGAGAUGUGCUCGCUUAUAGUGCGAUGAUCACAGGUUUAGCCAUGCAUGGGAUUAGUGAGAGAGCCAUAGAGCUUUUCAGAGAGAUGGACAGGGACCAUGUGAGGCCCGAUAAAAUUGCUUAUGUGGGGGUGUUAUCGGCUUGUAGCCAUGCUGGGAAGGUGGAAGAGGGUCGAGAAUUCUUUGAUUCCAUGAGCGUAAUUCAUGGAAUUGAGCCCACUUUGGAGCACUAUGGUUGCAUGACUGACCUUCUUAGUAGAGCCGGUCACUUAGCCGAUGCCCUAAGGCUCAUAGAAUCGAUGCCGAUGAAGCCCAAUCUCAUGGUUUGGAGUGCUUUCUUAAGUGGUUGUAGGAUCCAUGGUGAUGUUGAUAAAGCUGAGAGUGUGGUUAAGCACAUCGUUGAAUUGAAUCCACAAAGUGGUGGGGUCUAUGUGCUAUUAUCUAAUAUAUUUGCAAAGGCAGGGAGGUGGAGAGGGGUGGAGAUGAUGAGAGAAUUGAUGAGAGACAAAAGGGCGGGAAAGAGUAGUGGGUGUAGUGCUAUUGAGAUAAAUGGUGGGUUUCAUGAGUUUUGUGUUGGGGAUGAAAGAACUCACCCCCAAUCCAGAAGAUACAUGUUAUGCUAG